CGGCUUGCUAGCCCGGGGCGCGGCUUCAAUUUGAAUAACUUUAUUGGUGGCCUUAUCCGCAGAACAGCCAUCGCACCAUUGGCCCCGGGAGGAGGGAGAGCAUCGUGGGAGGUGGCCCCCAACUUGCGCUGCACCGCCAUGGGAAACACCACCAGCGACCGGGUGGCCGGCGAGCGCCACGGCGCCAAGGCUGCGCGCGCCGAGGGCGCCGGCGGCCAUGCCCCGGGCAAGGAACAUAAGAUCAUGGUGGGGAGCACCGACGACCCCAGCGUUUUCAGCCUGCCGGACUCCAAGCUCCCUGGGGACAAAGAGUUUGUAUCAUGGCAGCAGGAUUUGGAGGACUCCGUAAAGCCCACACAGCAGGCCCGGCCCACUGUUAUCCGCUGGUCUGAAGGAGGCAAGGAGGUCUUCAUCUCUGGGUCCUUCAACAAUUGGAGCACCAAGAUUCCACUGAUUAAGAGCCAUAAUGACUUUGUUGCCAUCCUGGACCUCCCUGAGGGAGAGCACCAAUACAAGUUCUUUGUGGAUGGACAGUGGGUUCAUGAUCCAUCAGAGCCUGUGGUUACCAGUCAGCUUGGCACAAUUAACAAUUUGAUCCAUGUCAAGAAAUCUGAUUUUGAGGUGUUUGAUGCUUUAAAGCUGGAUUCAAUGGAAAGCUCAGAGACAUCUUGUCGAGACCUUUCCAGCUCACCCCCAGGGCCUUAUGGCCAAGAAAUGUAUGUGUUUCGAUCAGAGGAGAGAUUCAAAUCUCCACCCAUCCUGCCUCCUCACCUUCUCCAGGUUAUUCUUAACAAGGACACUAAUAUAUCUUGUGACCCAGCCUUGCUCCCUGAGCCCAAUCAUGUUAUGUUGAACCAUCUCUAUGCACUGUCCAUUAAGGACAGUGUGAUGGUCCUUAGCGCAACCCAUCGGUACAAGAAGAAGUAUGUCACUACUCUGCUGUACAAGCCCAUCUGAAGGAAUUCCUUCGUGCGUCCCAGGAUUCAGGAGAAGCAUCUCCCUUGCCUUUCUGGACUGGACCAGUCUUACCUGGGACUGGAAGGCUGAUUUGCUUUGAGGCUAAUAUGUGUGUUUCAGUGCCUCUGAGUAGGAUGCUCUGCUUUUGCAUUUGAUUGCAGAUGAGAGCUUUAUGAGUUCAUGGAAAUUAUUUAAGGAAAAAAAAAAUAUAUAUAUAUAUAUAUACACAUAUGAGAGGAAAGUUAA